AUGUCGAAUCUCCAAGUGCCCCGCGAGCAAGGAGAGGGCACAGUGAGAGCUGUCUCGAACCCUUUGCCCGGACUUGCAUCACUAAACUUUCACAACAACCGAGGCGAUGCUCAACAGGACUACGAGGCGGCUCAAGCCUCUCGCGCAAACGCCACGCUCGACGAAAUCGAGCAAAGAGGCAUAGUGCCCGACGUCAAUCUAGUUGAACGAGAACUCCUCAGGCCAAAAUCAAGAAUCAAGAAAGCCGGUUCUGAUGCCCAAAAGAUCUUCUCUAGUCGCGCCGCACCCUCUCACAAUCCUACUAGCAGCAGCGAUGUCAAUACCCUCGAUCUCGGCCUUCGCGUCUACCCAAGCAACGAGGAGCUAGAUGCAGUGGUCAACACGCUCUGGAGAGACUUCGCCAAUGACGGUGGUUUGAACGGACUAAGCCACCAGCAGAUAACUCUUCUUUAUCAGCACUGGCAUCAGCGUGCUCUCGCCAUCAAUGAAUCUGCCAAAGAAUGGCAAGCUCUCAAUGUGCCUUCACCGGUAGCGACGGAGCCCAGCGCGAGCACGAGCACCUUUGACCUCUUUGGCUCCUUAAUGACCGACUUUGAGCUUCUUCUUGAAGUCUGCAAGCAUCUGCGCCCCAUCGACAUCAUCAACCUCUACAGUAUUUCAAAAACCUUCCAUGAUCUCGUCAACGCAAACCUCCAGAGCACCAUCCUUCUUUGGACGGACCACAUGGCGCCCACUUCAGCUCGUAUCUUCUGCCACCAACUCUACUACCAAUACUUCAUCGAUGACCCCUCCGGCAGAAAUCCCAGUACUCACCGUGACAUACGAUAUUUUAACCAGCCGGCUCCCAACCAUGUCCUGUACGAAAACCAGCAUGGAGAAGGCCAAGCCGGUCCCGUCAACCCUCUUCCGCCCGCUGACCCGCAACACAAUACCCGCAAGGUUCCGUCCUUGGUCUGGUUCCAGAUGGUUGUCGACCGAGAGAUCAAAGUCCGCGACAUUCUCGCCACCCUGAGCCGCCACGGCCACCGCACCCCUCACGACACCCACAAGACUUUAAAGAAGCUCUGGCUUCUGAUGGACGUAGCCUCGUGCCGCGGCCGCGCCGCCCUGAUUCACUCCCAGACGCUCUUCACCGACGAGGACCUCUACCGGGCCCGUCUCUUCUUCAUCAAGCUCUACAUGCUCUUCGCCGACCCCAUCUUUGGGCCCAAGUCCACCGCGCUCGCCAAGCUGUUUCUCGGACAAAAGGGGUUCACGCCACUUUGGCAGUUUCUGCGACGCAAGAAGUAUACCACCGAGGAAGAGAUCGUGGAGAUGAAGACGCGGUACGACGUCCGACCUACUCUUUUGCAGGUUCUCGACGGACACCCUAUCAACGGCGUGCCGCCCAACGAGAUGGGAAGGAUGCAUGUGGAAGGGUGGGGGCGCGGCGUCAGACACUUGCUGCGCCCGGAUCAGAUGGUCAACUGGGAGGCGUACAAGCGAGGGUUGGCCCUGCACCUAAGGGCCGAGAGGAUGAUGCUUUACGGCCACGUGGACUUUGGCACGGGCCGGCCGCUGGUGCCGAGUCUGGAUGAGAUGUACAUGAGUGAUGACGAGGUCGACCUGCCGGCCAACUCGAGCUGGAGGAUUAUGAAGCAUCGCAAAGCGCAUGGCGGCUGUGGGAAUGUCCCCUUUGAGAGAGGCAUGUGGCAGCCUAAGCAUGCAAGGAAGGCGAGAUGGAAGACAUUGACGGAGGAAGAGAAGGAGGAUAUCUUGGCUGCGGAGGAAGAGGAGGUCAAGGAGGAAAAGAAGCUGCGAUAUGUGGAAGGUGAUUUGGAUGUGGCCCUCGUAGACUUGGAGGAGGCAUUGUAUGAUUAUGCCGUGGAGAAGGAGGAGGGAAGUCACGAAGAGCAUGGCAUUGACGGACUGGAGUUCGACAGCCGCGUUCCGAUGCCUGAUGAUAUCCUCCCUGGCGAUGAGGAGGCAGACUUUGAUGAUACCGACUGGGAGAACUGCGCAAAAUACAUGACAGGUCUAGAUCGUUUACCCGACCAGUUGACUCGCAUCCGACAAGGCAAGGCUCACGGCCAGCUCAACAGGUCACUCAUCAUGGCCAAGCAGGUGUUCGACAGCAAGGCCAAGACCAAUGCGGAAGGCCGAGAGCAAGACGAAGCUUGGGCGCGUGCCAUUGUUGACCAACUGCCCCUUUAUAUUGGCGGCGAGCCCGCUUACAGAAGGGGUGUUCCCGUUGCUCCCCGAAACAACUCACCCGCGUCAAACCAGGCCUUCUUCAAUGCCCAUAAUGGCAAUCAUGACUGGGUGCAGCCGGUAUACCCAGCCCAAGCCGAAAUACCAGACGUUCGAGCUGAGUAUCUUCUCAAAGCCGCCGUCGCGCUCCACAAAGCCCGGCUUGACACCGGCGAUCUUGACCCCGCCACCGACGCUAUGCCCGACGACGAAGUCGCAGAGUUGGAGGAUGAGCAGAUCACUGUACAGAUUGAGAAGAAUGUCAAUUACGGCUGGAUGCUGCACAUGCCGCGCACACAGCCCGACAACGAAGGUGCUCGUGAUGGUUCACCAGAUUACGAGGACCACAGUGGCAACGGAUUCACCAGCGAAGUAUCAGAUUCCAUUGACAUGGACAUGGAGGAGGACAUCGACUGCGACGACGACGACGACGACGACGACUUUAAAGACCUCAUCACCAGCGACUUCGAUGACUUCAUCACCAGCCCCAACUUUGGUGUUUUUCACGAAUCUAACAACACAGGCCCUAACAACACCACAAUCAACGAGCCCAGCAUCCCAAAUCAACACUCUCUCAAUCACAACCCAUUCAAUCCUCACAACCCCGACGUACCCUACCCCAACCAAAUGUACCACUACAACCACGACCCCGAUGAAGAAUUCGACUGGCGCGCCUGGCUCGACAUGCAGCACCAAAACGACCUGCUCAGCGAAGCAGCCAGACUGGACCAAGAUUUGUUGAACGGCGCGCACGAAGCCGGGCCGGAGGAGCUGCGAAGGAGGGUGGAGAGUACGAUCGAGCGGACGCAGGGGUAUAAGAAUCUUAGGGAGAGGUUUUUGAGGGGGUAUUAUCGGCAGUGGUAG